AUUUGACGCCAGUUCCAUCCUGUAUGUGCGCACGCCAGGUUGGCAAAACUGCAGAAAGUGGCGCCGCCUGGGCUCGAGCUGUCGACGCCAUGGCGGCCCCGGCCGACGCCUGCCCCAGCGACGCCGCAGUCUGCAGGUCGACCUCGCCCGGGCCGUACACAGAGCCGCAGUCUGGCUGCUCUGGUGGCCAGGUUCCCGUGCUCGUCGUCGGCAUUUCGGGCCCCAGCGGCAGCGGCAAGUCGACGCUGGCCUCCGCGUUGGCGGCCCGCCUGGGCGCGGAGCUGGUGUCGGAGGACCCGGCACACUUUGUCCUGCCAUACGCGCCGUACGCGACACGCGAUGAGGCGUGCGAGGCGCCGUCGAACGUCAAUUGGGCCGCCGCCGAGACAGCCUUGAAGUGCGCCAUCUCCAGGGCCGCGGCCGGCGCAGCUGCCUCGGGCUGCGCCGGAACCGUCGUGGUGGAGCAUUAUUUGCUGGUGGCCGAGGACAACACCACAGGAGAGCUCCCUGGCCCCGCUGCUCAACUUCUGCGUGUUCCUGGACCCGCUGCUGCGGCUCGGGGAUGCGCAGGCGCGCGAGCUUUGCCGCGAGCGCCGCGUGGCGCGCAGCAGGCGCACGCCCGAGGAGGAGGCGCACCUGCGGCGCUACUACGACCGGGCCGUCUGGCCGACGUUCAAUGCGCCGGAGGGGCGCAGGCACAGACGGCGCAGGUACGGCAAAGCAGCCUGAUGCCAGCAACAGGGGAACGAGGCAUGACGCAAGCAGAAAAGUUCCGUGGUCCGCGCGGACUUCUCCCACUCCUCGGCGCGCCUUUUCUCCUUUGCAUAGGGGAACGAAUCAUGACAUGCACAAGAACUCCGUGAUUCGCCUGAAUUUCUCGGACCCGGGCCGGACCCCCUUGGCGGCGCCUCCGGCGCCGCCCCUGGCGCGCUCCGCGCGCCGGGAAGGGGGGUCCAGCGCGGAUCCAAGAAAUCCUCGCGGACCUCCGAGUUUUUAUGUUUGUGCUCCCCAAAGCAAAGGAGAAGAAGCGCGUCGAGGAGUAGGAGGAACACGGCCGGGAAGCCUUAAGGAAGAGGCGAUGCAGCCGGGAUAUGGGUUGAGAUUGCGGCCAAGUGCACCGCAGUGCAUUUUUGUACCAGAGAUCGUUAGAUGACCGCAGCAUGCGGUCAUGUAACGAGAAGUCAUGUAGCAUUGCAGUUAUGUUGAUUCCAGUGGCCCAGUGGCCGUUUUCAUGCUGGCUCUCAUCCGCUUCCUACCUCAGUCUAAUGUACGUUGAUCUGCCAUGCGCCGUCUGGGCGCCAGGCUUCACUGACUCACUGACUGACUGAUCGUCGCCGUGUGGACCAAACAUUUCGGCGGCCGUGCGGCGAGAGCACGAUUCCUGGAUAAACCGUGGGCCUCAAGCGAAACGGCUGCCAGGACGGUCGGUUUUGGUCCCUCCGUGCCCUUCCGUGGGGCUCUUCCCCUGUCUUUCUAAAACCGUG